UAAUCAUAUAAUUUAUAGUUUAUAUAUGCACACCAUCAACACCAUCUCCAGUUGCAGAAAUGGAGUCCCCAAUGGAUUCAAGGACUCUCCACUUCCACCACCUCCUGUGUGUCCUAUCCAUCACUACUAGUUUCCAAGUGAUCACUGGCGGGAGGCUGCUCCAGGGAGCUCCAUUUGCCGUGCCGUCUCCGUCGCCGCCCGCGACCACCCUGGCGGAUCAAUACCUGGACCCGCACAAGCAAGCUCGGGCGGCGGUCCGGGUGCCGCCGCUCCGAUGGAGCCCGCAGCUGGCGUCCACAGCGAGCGGGGUGACGCGGGACCAGCGGGAGCGUAGCGCGUGCGGGUUCGCGGACUUGGGGUCGAGCCAGUACGGGGCGAACCAGGCGUGGGCGAGCUACCCGAUGGGCCCUGCGGAGGCAGUGCGGUCGUGGGUGGCGGAGGGGAAGUACUACGACUACGCGAACAACACGUGCGCGGCGGGGCACGAGGACUGCGGCACCUACACGCAAGUGGUGUGGCGAAGGACGACGAGCGUCGGGUGCGCGCAAGCGGUGUGCGGCGGCGGCAGAGGAACAGCGACGGCGACGCUCACGCUGUGCCUUUACGACCCCCCUGGGAACGUGGUGGGAGAGAAGCCUUACUAAAUUCAUGACCAAUUUAUCAAACUAUCAGGCUCCUAUUUUCAAUUUUAUGAACCGGACUGCUUUUUACUUUUCUAAAUGUUCAAAUCAUGUCGCAUUUUACUUUUUUGUUCUUCGUCUCAAUUUCUUUCAAUCAAUCUUUUUUUUUUUAUUAUUCGCAAA